AUGACGAUUCGAGAAAAAGCGUCGGUAUCUGCCGCCGAUGAUCAGCCGAAGCUAGUAUCGGCUUCACCGUCACAGGCAGAGGCGACCUGCACUCCUUCGCAACACCAGUCGUUAACUUCGACAACUGCUCUGACCCAUGGCGGCCAUGAGCGUGCCUCUGACUCUCCCACGACCAUCAGCAUCAAGCGUCAACGAGGUGAUACCACCGAAUCUAGUCCCCGUCCUGGUCCUUCCAAGGGCACCAAGGGCAAAGCCAAAUACAUCCCAAAUCGUGUCAAACGCUAUCAUGAAAGGUCGUUGGCCGGCUGUUUGACCUGCAGAAAGCGUCGCGUCAAGUGUGACGAGGCCAAGCCCGUGUGUCGGAGGUGUGCCUGUGGAGAUCGCCAAUGCAUCUACGCCGACCCCUCGUCGGCAUCCGACCUGGAUCAUCUCGAUUCGACCAGUACUCCCGGCAAGACGAGCGUUCACAUAUUGCCUGGGAUUCAGGUAUCAUCGCUAAUCCAUGCAGAUCACGCUUCGGGCCCACCGACUGCCGGAAGCAGCAGCGGCAGCACCGGAGCUACGCAGUUCUCACCUGCAGACGGUGUCGGACCAGCAUCCUCUGCGUAUGCAGUCGCUGCAUACGCAUCAGCUUCGCCACAGUCUUCUUUCGAUCGCGCGAGCCCACACUCUCCGUUUGCAUAUCACAAUGGACGCGUUCGAGCCUCGACUAGCUCUCACCACGAUCGUUACCGUGCCCGCAAUGAUGCUGCUCAUCAGCUGGAAUCUGCAAGACAUCAUAGCUCCGACUACGACCAUCACAGACCGCUCAUAUCCUCGCAACAGUCCUAUUCGCGCUCGUUUGGCGCAUCGCCCAUUGACAUUUCCAAAGUAAAGCUACCCGAGCUUCCAUCUGGCUUUGGCUUCGACCAUCUCGACGCUUUCUUUCCAACGUACGAGCAACAAUGCCUUUUUCGGCACUACAUCCUCGAAGUGGCACCUCAGCUCUGCGUCAUGCAGAUACCCUUAUCGGACAAUCGGUGGAUCCGAUACCAUGCCACCUUUGCUGUGCGUCACCCACACGGAGUGAAUGGCUAUGAAGAUGCGCUACGAUCGGCGCUGCUCAGCAUGGCCAGCCUCGAUAUUGGCCACAAGUUGUCGCAGUCACCCAUACCGGAUCUAUUCCCGGCGGUGGCAUCGCGUUCAGACGACGCAUCAUCUAGGUCCAACGACUUUCGCAGUGGGUCGCGGGGUAUGUCGGGGCCCUCGCCGCAGAGUUCCACCCCGCACAGUACCACUUCUGGCAUCGCUGGCGUCGCCGACGCACUCGUCAAUGCACACACAACCAGCAUCAUGUCCAACGUGCUGCUCGAGCUAAGCAAUCUUCGUCGUGAGGAAAGUCUGCGUCUGUUGCGCACCACACUCAAAGAAAGACGAGCGCCGCUGGAUCGCAGCGACGCUGCCAUCAUGCUUGCUACGGUUCUCGGCCUGGCCACGCGAGACAGGCUGGCAGCACAGCAAGAUUGGCAAGAUGCCUUGCACAUUGCGUCAAGAGCAAUCGCCGAGCUAGGUGGACCCGCGGCAUUUGUCGACCAAUCCGACCCGUCGAGCCUGUUUCUCAUCGAGCAGAUCGCAUGUUUUGACGCUCUUAGCUCGCUUACUUCCGACGAUUAUACCCUUUUCUUGCAGCCGUGGGACGACUGGUGGUAUGCGUUGAUGGAUUCGCCGCGCAGCAUCAAGGAGGACAGCGUGCUGCAGACAUUUGGACUGCACCGCGGCAUGAUCGACAUGCUGGCGAGAAUGACACGGGUGGAGGCCACCCGACGCGAACUGCAGGAGCGCACAAGCGUCACCAUCAUUCUGUCAGAGGCGGUGGGUGGUGCAUCGCCGCCUGCGCUGCCUCCCGAGUAUGAAGAGACGCGGCUGUGGCUGGAGUCGACCGCGCGCGCACUGGUGGCAGAGAUUCCCAUUUGGGCCAAGAUGCCGUUCCCGGCUGAAGCCACAAGGACGUUACAGACGCUCUUGCCUGUGAUCAUGAAUCACUUGUACGUUGCUGCUGCGGAGCUGUACAUCCACUCGGUCAUUUUCUCCAAGCCGGCCGACCAUCCUUGUUUCGCAGAGCCCACAGCGGUUGUGCUGGAUCGAACCGAGGAGGCGAUCCAGGCUGGAAUCACCAAAGGACUGGUACUUCCUUUAUCAUUUGCAGCCUUCUCAGCACGCCACCAAGACCGCGAUCGCAUUCGUGUCAUGCUCAACGAGCUACGUCCCUACUACAAGUUUGACCUGGAACGUAUGGAAAAGCUGAACGUGCACCUUUGGAGCUUGGUCGAUAGCGGCUUGACCCCGACCGACUGGGGCAUGUUUCUCAAGAGUGUCGGCUGUUUCAAUUGGGCUUUCUAG